CGCACAUCCCAGCUGCACAAUGGUAUCCCACACGCAUCCUGGACUUAGGAGAUAUGGUCAAACCUCUCGAACAUGUAUGUCUGAUCCAUAUAAAAGACAAAGAACUCGUUGGGCCUUACGCCACGCUAAGCCACCGAUGGGGUAAGGCAAACUUCAUCCAGCUUACACUCUACAAUCUGGACGACCUCUGUAACAGAAUCGCCAUUACAAAUAUACCCAGAACUUUUCGUGAGGCGGCCGUCGUUUCUAAAGCCUUGCAAAUACGGUACCUCUGGAUCGACUCGGUUUGUUUUAAACAAGACAGGGAUGACUUCGCGGAUUGGAGCCAUAAAGCAAGCCAGAUACAUAAAGUCUACUCUCACUCACAUGUCAACAUAGCGGCUUCGGAUGCAGAGGAUAGUUCAAAAGGGUUAUUUCGAGUUCGCAAUCCUCACAUGCUCCACCCUGCGAACGUCGACUUCUCCCUACGAAUCUAUUUGGAGGGUGACUCAGACCAGCAGCCCUACAUUCUGUCUAGUUAUGAACUCUUUAGACAGAGUCUAGCCGAAUCUACUCUUAACAACCGCGGCUAAGGCAUGCAAGAGAGGAUUCUUGCGCCGCAGGUCCUCCGUUUCUGUCACGACCAAAUCUUCUGGAAAUACCAUACACGCAUCGUGUGCGAACAGUACCCUUCCAAGAUACCAAAGGUGUACAACCAACAAUCGUGCAUUGGCUAUGACAUGUGGCAAUUCAUACUAGACGAUUAUACCCGUACGUCGUUUACCUAUCCCAGCCACAAACUGAUUGCAAUUGUGAUUUGGUCUUUGGUACAAGAUAAUUACGUAGCGGGUAUGUGGCGCUACAAACUCCAUCGUCAACUUGUGUGGCAA